AAGAAGAAAACAAAAACAGAAAAGAACAUCUGUUGAACUGAAAAAUAGAAUAAUCAGAAUAAUAAUAAGUAUGAAUACAAUUCGUCCCUGCGGUUGCAAAGGAGUUCGCACCUGUCUUACCUGUGAAGAGGACUUUCAGAUAGCAAAACCUUCGUUGUGCAAACAGUUCCAACAAGAAUUGGAGCCCUGGACAUACUGUAUAAAGUGCCAGAGAUUCUAUGCCGGCUGGGACACGGAUGACACGGACAGAGAACAUGAGAACCAUCAACAUGCUCCAGAUAAGGGUCUCCACCUGCCUGGACUGCUUGUGCAAGAGCAAUUCCUUAGCCAUGAUGAAGGAAAGACGUUAAUGGCACAUCUAGAUGAUAUGCCAUGGACCAUUUCACAAAGUGGUCGACGCAAACAGAAUUAUGGGCCGAAAACAAAUUUUAAAAAACGCAAACUACAAGUGGGAACGUUUGCUGGCUUCCCCCAAGGCACAGAAUAUGUACAGCAACGAUUCGAAGAUGUGCCAUUGCUAAGGGAUUUCCAGACUAUAGAGCAGUGCUCAUUAGAAUAUGAUCCCACCAAGGGAGCUAGUAUAGAUCCACAUGUAGAUGACUGUUGGAUUUGGGGUGAACGCGUUGUGACAGUCAAUUGCCUGGGCGAUGCUGUGCUGACACUAAAUGUUUAUGACAAGCAGCAGCCGGGGAAAUACAAUUUGGAUUUGGUGCCAGAAUAUGAAAAUGAACUGUUAGCACCUAUGCUAAGUGAUGACCAAUUGGCUAACUUUAAGGGCAAGGUUCUACGCAUUCCGAUGCCAAAUCUAUCCCUUAUAGUUCUAUAUGGUCCGGUACGUUAUCAAUUCGAGCAUUCAGUGCUGCGAGAGGAUGUGACAGAGAGGCGAGUUUGCAUAGCCUAUCGAGAGUUCACGCCCAUGUAUAUACACGGAAAAGACAGAGAAAAGGGUGACGGAGUUAGAGAAAUGGCAAAGAAGUUUUGGUGCAUCCAAUAGUAACCCAUUGUUGUGAUGGGCAAUGAAGUGUGAUAAAAAUGUUCGCUGCAAAAUACAUCUAAAGCAUGUUUCA